CUUCAACAGUGAUUGAACGGAACUUCGAUCUCGUCGAAAUUUAAUAUUUUCUACGUUUUUGAUAAUAAAACGAUAAAAAAAACCCCGCCGAAAUGGAGACUUCUCAGAUUCGCCAGAACUACGACCGCGACUGCGAGGCUUUGAUCAACAAGAUGAUCAACUUGGAGCUUUACGCUGAAUACACCUACACCUCUAUGGCUCACUACUUCAAACGGGAUGAUGUCGCUCUGGCUGGUUUUGCCAAGUUCUUCAAGAAGAACAGCGAGGAGGAGCGUGAGCAUGCUGAGAAGUUCAUGGAGCUCCAGAACAAGAGGGGAGGACGCAUUAUGCUUCAGGACAUCAAGAAACCUGAGCGUGAUGUUUGGGGCAAUGGACUGAUUGCUAUGCAGUGUGCUCUUCAGCUGGAGAAGAACGUCAACCAGGCUCUGCUGGAUCUGCACAAGGUCGCCUCUGAGAGGGGAGACCCUCAUCUGUGUGACCUCCUGGAGACUCACUACCUGAAUGAGCAGGUUGAGGCCAUCAAGAAACUUGGAGACCACAUCACCAACCUUUCCAAGAUGGAUGCUGGAAACAACAGGAUGGCCGAGUACCUGUUUGACAAGCACACCCUGGACAGCUAAAUCCACCCCUGAGAUGAAACA